AGAUGAUGUCGGAGCAGGACGAAACCAACACCGCACGGGAAGGAGACGAGCCGAGACGAAAGCAGAAAAAAACGCAAAGAGGCGUAAAGCCGACGCUUCGUGCGCGUCGACGUCACCGCCUCGUCGCGGAGAGAGAGGGCGCUCGCGAGCAUCUCGCUCUCCCUAACCCUAGGGUUCGCUUGGCCGGAUUGGGGCGGCGGCGCGGCGGGCCAGACGGAUCGGGGGGCGGGGUGAGGGAGUGGAAGGGGGCGUGAUGGCGGGGAAGAAGCGGAAGGCGGAGGCGGCGCGGCUGGAGGAGACGGACCGGGCGCUGUACGGAGCGUUCAGGGGCGCGGCAAACUCGCUCUCGCAGCUCUACACGCUCGCCAUGGGCGCGCAGAAGGUCUCCUUCCAGGCUGGCGAGCGACACGCCAUGGAAAAGCUCUAUGAAUGGAUCUUGAGGCAGCACGAAAACGGCUUGAGGCUGACAGUUGCUGACAUUGCCUCCCAUAUCCAGCAUGAGAUUCAGUAUGGAGGUGAUAAUGCAUCAGCCUCUCCAAGGUCACAAUAUUCUCACCAAAGCACUCCAGCUGCGGUCCAUAUCCCCAACACAAGCAACCAGCAACCAUCUCCAAGCUUAUUUGCGCCAGGAAACCCUGGAUUGGCACAGUCCAAGAACUCAAUGGUCUUUUCAAACGCAUUAUCCAGCCCCAUCCGCCGGAGCCUGCAACCGUACCACCUAGAACAGGGUGGGGAUACGGGGUACUUUGUGAACGGCGCAAACCACGACGCAAACCCCACAGCUUCGAACGAUUCGUCCAUGGACAUGCAUUCGGACAGCCCAGCCCAUAACUCCUACUGAGCGGUUCGUUCCAUGGAGGAGCCGGAAGAACACUUCCAGUGAAAGAAGUUGGCUCACCUGUGUGUGUCGUCACAGCUCAAAUAGGACUAUUCAAUUUGACACCUUCCCUAGCCUCUUACGCUAAGCAUGUCUUCUGCUGUUACUAUUACUACUACUUACAACCUGCUACUUUGCCAAGAUACUGUAAUUUGCAUGUAUACUGUACCAUUUGAUUUAUUUGUGCAUAUUACUGUUGGUAUGUGAUGAGUGCAGGGAACAGACCAUUGAAUAGAAUUAACAGUCUUGUUCAUGUCUU